AUGCAGUCCAAGCUCUCCCUCCUGCUCGCCCUCACCUCCCUCUCCCUCACCACCGCCGAGGAGGUCCUAGGCCUCUACGUCUUCCACCGCCAUGGCGACCGCACCGCCAAAGCCUGGAAGCCCGUCAACUUGACGGCCCUCGGCGCCGACCAGGUCUACUCCUCCGGGUCCUUCUACCGCAAGCGCUACAUCGACAGCGCCGCCGAUAGCAAGGUCCAAGGCGUCAGCUCAGACACGGCUGUGCUCUCGCAGAUUGCUGUCACCGCUCCCGUCGACAACGUCCUGCAGAACUCUGCCCUCGUUUUCCUCCAGGGCCUGUACCCUCCCACUGGCCACGUCGAAUUGCUCGCCAAUGGCUCCCGUGUCGAGGCGCCCUUUGCGGGAUACCAGUAUAUCCCCGUCAACUCCAUCGAUAACGCCGCAAGCGCCCAAGAUUCUGAGAACAGCGCCUGGCUUCAGGGGAACAGCGGAUGUACCAACGCCGAAGUCAGCUCCAACGACUACUUGUCCUCCUCCGAGUAUAGCAGUGCCUAUGACAGCUCCAUCGCGUUUUACACCAAGCUGCUGCCUGUCAUUAACGGCACCUACACCAAGGACGAGGCCAACUUCAAGAACGGCUAUUCUAUUUUCGAUCUCAUCAAUGUGGCUCAAAUCCACAAUACCUCGAUCCAAUCGGAUAAUCUUCUCACCGAGUCCACCGUAGAUGAGCUCUACAACCUUGCCUCCAUCCAUGAAUGGAACCUCGCCUACAACAGCAGCGCCCCCGUCCGUUCCAUCGCUGGCUCCGUCCUUGCGGGCCAGAUCCUCGAGGCCCUAACGCCCCUUGCUGAACGCAAGGCGGGCAACCCCAAGCUCAACAUCCAGUUCGGCGCCUACGGCACCUUCAUGGCCUUCUUUGGUCUCGCCAAGCUGUACAAGGCCCAUACGGACUUCAUGGGCAUCUGCAACUAUGCCUCAUCUAUGGUCUUUGAGCUCGUCACUAACGCUACCAACCCGACCACCGACGACGUGAGCGUUCGCUUCUACUUCUCCAACGGCACCGCCGCCGAGAACGAGCCAACCCUGUUCCCCCUCUUCGGCCAGGACAAGACGACUCUCUCGUGGGACGACUUCAAGACUGGCAUGACUGAUUUCGCCAUUGAGGAUACGGAUCACUGGUGCAAGCUUUGCGGCAACACCGACAGCACCUGCUCCGCCUCCAACAGCACUAGCAGCAGCAACAGCGACGAUGCUUCCUCGCAAUCCUCCGACGACUCUGGCAACGGAAUCUCCAAGCCUGUUGCCGGCGUCAUUGGCGCUCUCGUCACCCUGGCUGUGAUAUUGGGACUCCAGGCCGCCGCCCUCCUGUUUGGUGGCCUACGCUUGGUCAAGAAGUCGAGUCUGGCUCCAGCUGAAUCCGCCGCCAGUGGUGUGAAGGCAUGA